AUGAACCAAACUCCCAAGAGAGCCGGUGGACGGAGAAAUGGCCGCUUAGAAGAAGCAACAACACUAUCUCCCCUCCAGCAUUUUACUCACGAAGCCUGUUAUGACGUUAAUAUGUCCGAUGUUGCGGCCCCACUUGGUACCAACGGCUUUGGCCAAAGAGGACGCUAUCAAGCUUCGCCUGGGGUGGGAAGAUCAGGGCGAUCGUCUAAGAGAGCUUCUGACGAGCCACUUGACCAUGAGCGUAGACGGAUGAUUACUCGAACCGCACACCAAUAUGAUGAUCUCGACGAUAUACCGCACAGAUCCUCACCAUGUAAGUCACCGUUGGUGACCCCAAAUACUUCAUUCACCAGCAAGUCCACGGCAACAACCAGAGGGUCUUUCGCCAAUACCUCCUUCUCGACAAGAUACGAAAGCGAGACUUCACUCAGCAGCCAGGAAUCGCUCAGUCAAUCAAGCUCAUACCAGAAAGAUGUCCCCAUCACUCUUCCGGACCGUCUCUCAGGAACAGUACAACCAAACAAACAACCUCAUUCUCUAGAGAAAAGACUGGAGCAUGUCUGGCCUAAACUUCCAGAAUCGCUCAACCAUGCUCCUCUGGGCGUCGUUUGGGAGAUUACCCGAGCAGCUGCCCAUUGUGGCGUUGACGUUGGUGAAUUUGACCUGAUGUAUGAGCCUAACGAUGCGUGGCAUGACCAGAAGAAGCUUCGAGCACAGCUUGCCACCCGGUCGGAGUUGUUCCGUGGCAAAGGACUGCCGCCUCAGAGCAGUGAUGCUGUCUGGGCAGCAUCGCUGGAAAGUUUUAAGAGUGACACCAAGGUCGUCGUGCUUUCAAUCGAAUUCAACCAGGCCGGUAAGCCUUCCGAGCCAUUUUAUAUUGCCAAGCUUGAUCCACUGCAUUUUCGACUUGGUCACCGAUUAGAUCGGCGCUGGGGUUCAGAUCGUCUACUGGAGGUCACCAUUCCGACCCUGGCGCCGUCAAAGUCGUUCGGUUUAGAGGCGGAUAGAGAAAGAGAGAGGUCAAAGACUAUUAUACGAUGGCUUUGUGGCCAAGCCCAUUAUUUUCUUGGCAGGAUGUGGGCUCCAUUCUUUACUCGACCAACCAAGAAGCCAAUCAAGGACGUCCGUGAGCCAGAAAAGUCCGGAGAUCAGUAUUUGGAGCAAAUAUACUUCUUUGCGAUUGACGGAAAUAGUUUCGUUGGUUCUUCUAUACCCAACCGUGUACCUCUCCAGGAGGAGGUCGAGAAGCUUCAAGAAAGGACCAAAAUGACUUUGAGUGAGCUCUUCGAAUGGUCGAUAUCCGGAUCCCAAUCAGGAAAACAACGUGUGCCUAAGCUGUUUUCGCGGCUCGCUCUAAAUCUUAGUCGCACUGUUCCAACUGUCACACUAAAACAUGAGCAAAUACGGUUCAAGGAAGACAUAGUAUCUGCAAAACCUUUUAAAAAAGUCAUGAACGAUGGUAUUGGCCGUAUCUCGCGAAGUUUGGCUUCCAAAAUCGCCGCAAAACUUGGCUUGACCGUUACACCAUGUGCGUAUCAGGCGCGAUUUGGAAGCGCCAAAGGCAUGUGGGUCAUUGAUCUUGGAGACGACAAGUCUAACGAGAAUGAUUGGAUUGAGCUAUACGAGUCCCAAAUCAAGUGGAAAUGUAACUUCGAAGAUCCCCAACACUUGACUUUCGAGGUCAAGAGUUGGCCAAGGAAACUCGUUUCAAAUGCAUUGAACCAACAAUUUAUACCAAUCCUUGAAACUCAGGCGCCGUCGGCUGAGAAGAAGCUCGCGAUGAGGGAUGCAGUAGCUAAGCAUCUUGUUCGUGGAUUACAAGAUGACUUAGAUUUGGCGAAAGCUGCUCUGAACAACUCGGCAGCGUUAAGUCUUUGGAUGGAGAAGAAUGCGAGAAACUUCGAACAGCUUGACGAAGCGUUUGUUCCAUUUCUGGGUGGACUACCAGACCAGAACGAGAGAAGAAUAUCUUAUCUCGUGGACUGUGGCUUCCAACCUCAAUCGAACUGGCUUCUGAGGGAAAUGGUCAACCAACUUGUCGACAAGAGAACAAAUCUUCUAAAGAAGAAGUGGAAUAUUCAAGUACCCUGUUCCACCACUGCUCUUAUUGUCGUUGAUUUUGAGGGCGUGUUGAAGCCCAACGAAGUCCACUUAUCGUUCUCUUCAAACUUUGAAGUUGAAGGGUUUUCGGAUACUCUAUUGGAAGAAAGAGACAUCCUCGUGGCUCGCUCACCGUCUCAUUUUCCGAGUGACAUUCAAAAGGUUAAAGUAGUAUCACUACCUCAUCUCCGAAAGCUGAAGGAUGUUAUUGUUUUCCCAAAAACUGGCCAUCGAGCUCUGGCUGAUCUUCUCUCGGGGGGUGACUAUGACGGUGAUCGGGCGUGGGUUUGUUGGGACCCGGAUAUCGUCGACAACUUCGAAAAUGCAAUUCCACCCCUAGAUUAUGACUUUCUUCGGGAUGGCAUCUUAAGAGAAGCCACGACUUUCGAAUUUGAAGACCUACAAAGAAAUUGCGACAACCUCUCUAAGGCUUACGAUGAGUUCCGGAUGACGGGUUUCGAAUUCAGCAUGAAAGGUUCACUCCUAGGAAUGUGUACAAAGUACAAGGAAAGGUUUUGCUAUCAUGGGAAUCCAAUAAAUGGGGAGAAUGCAAUUUUACUCAGCGUCUUACUGAGCUAUCUCGUCGAUCAAGCCAAGUCGGGUAUUGAAUUCGCAAAAGAUGACUGGACGAGAUUUUUGCGAACCCGGCUGCGGGUGCCUCUCAAUCUCCCUAACCCUUUAUAUGACGGGGAUUGUCUGCCUUCGAAUUACAAACUGGAUGAACUUUCGCGGACUGGAAUGCACAUUUUGGACUAUCUGAAAUUUUGCGUUGCUUUGCCACAGAUCGACCAAGUACGGAAGGAGAUCAAGGAAUCUAUGCCUGAAGACGGAAGCAAAGCAAUCGACACGGAUCUUACCCAGCUCGCAAUGGAAAUAGACUUGCGAGCCGAUCAGGGGUCCAAGGAUUUCAAGAUACUGAGGAAAAACCUCCAGGCCGACCUAAUAUCUCUAAAGGAAGAAUGGAGUUUGACUACGGCGCAACAAAGCUAUGACAGCAUGCGAUACCGUCUAAUGGUUGAGACACUACAUGACAAGUGGCUACAGAUAUCACCCACCUUGGACUCUCCCCUCACUCCUGAACUCGAUCUGCUUCUGAAUUUCAAUUGGUUUUCAGCACACUGUGCAUCCUUCUUGAGUCAGGACAAUGCAGUGGACCCCGGAUGGGUUUCCCCAUACAACAAAUGGGCACUGAUCAAAGCAUCGUGGACAUACAAGAUGUUCCCUCAUCAGAAGUUCACCUGGAACAUAGCUGGCAAACAGCUAGCCACAAUCAAGUGCCUCGUCGUUUCAUCCUCGCCUGCUUUGCGUCAUACAGCGCCAGGGUUCGUGACUCCCUGGCAAUACAACCUUCUGAGGCCGGACAAGAAGAUUGCAGCUAGAAUGGCCAUGCUCACGGGAGCUGGGCGCGAAGAUGAAAGCGUGUUGGCAUUGGAUGAGGUGACGGAUUAUGACGACUUUGGAGGAUUGAUUGACGAUCUUUAA